CUCACGUGCCCGGAAGCGCUGUUAGUGAGGCGACGGAAGCAAUGGCGGGGGAGCUGGAGCGCUGGGUCUCCGGGCAGCUGCAUACUUUGCUGGGACUCAGCGAGCGGCAUGUGGUGGCCUUCAUGGUGGGCCUGGCUACCCGCAGCCGCACUCCCGAUGACCUCCUCGCCCGCCUCGAAGAGACCGAGACCCUCCGCCUGAGCGACCCCUCCGCCCGCGCGUUCGCCCAGCAGCUAUGGGAGCGGAUUCCCCGCCAGGCACCACGGGAGCGCCCAGCCAGAGCAGCAGAGCAGGAGGCCUUGGCCUUGCAACAGAAGAACCGCUCUUACACUCUGCUGGAGGACAGUGAUGAGGAAGAGCCUGGUGAGGCAAAAGCAGCCCGUGGCUCCAAGCGUCAGCAUCCUCCACGGGGCCCCGAAGGCAAACAGCGGAAGCGGCACAAACACCUGAGGCAGCGCCAGAAAGAAGAGGACGAUGACAAAGACUCUGACGAGGACACCAGAGAAGACAGGGAACGGAAACAGGCUGCAUCCACCAUGAAAGAGGAAGAAGAAGAGGAUGAGUGGGAUCGGAGCGAGCGAGAGCGAUUGCAGGACUUGGAAGAGCGGGAUGCCUUCGCAGAGCGUGUGAAACGCAAGGACAAGGAGAAGACGCGCAACAUCCUAGAGCGUUCAGACAAGAAGGCCUAUGAAGAAGCUCAAAAACGUCUGAAGAUGGCAGAAGAGGACAAGAAAUUAAUGGUUCCAGAGCUGCGAAAGAAGUCUCGCUGGGAUUAUUUGGCCAAACGGGAAAAGGAUAAGAUAGAAGACUUGGAAGCAGAGAUAGCAGAUGAUGAAUACCUGUUCUCUGAGCAGGAGCUCACGGCCUUGGAGAAACAGGAGCUGGAUUACAAACGCAAAGUGCGUGACUUGGCGAAGCAGUACAAACAGGCAGGAGAGCAGGAGAAGAUGGAGAAGAGCAAUCGCUACUAUAUGCCUGAGGAAACUCGCAGCAAGAAAAUCCCUGAUCGUUACGAGGAACCCCAGUCGGAGGAUCAUUUGGCCCCACAAGAUGAGCAACGGCGCUGGGAGGAAGACCACAUUGGGGCAGCCGCCCUCCGCUUUGGGGCUCGGGAUGCUGGCCAGCGCCAUCCUCACAAAGACUAUGAGUACGUGCUGGAAGAGGAUGAGAUGAUUCAGUUUGUGAAUGCUGUACAGAUGCGGGGCACAAGUCAAAACAAGUCCCAGGAAGAGAAGCCAGAGCUGUCGGAGGCCGAACGCAAGAAGCUCUCCAUCCAGGAGGUGCGCCGGAGCCUGCCUAUCUUCCCUUACCGCAAAGACCUGCUGUCUGCCAUUGCCGAACACCAGAUACUCAUCAUUGAAGGGGAGACCGGCUCUGGCAAGACCACCCAAAUACCCCAGUACUUGUUUGAAGAGGGCUACACAGAAAAAGGAAUGAAGAUUGGCUGCACCCAGCCCAGGCGAGUGGCGGCUAUGAGUGUUGCUGCCCGGGUUUCCCAGGAAAUGGGCGUCAAGCUUGGAAAUGAAGUGGGCUAUAGCAUCCGGUUUGAGGACUGCACCUCAGAGCGGACAGUGCUGAAGUACAUGACGGAUGGGAUGCUGCUAAGAGAAUUCCUCACUGAACCUGACCUCAGCAGUUACAGUGUCGUCAUCAUCGAUGAGGCUCACGAGCGCACUUUGCACACAGACAUCCUCUUUGGGCUUAUCAAGGACAUUGCUCGCUUCCGGCCAGAGCUGAAGGUGCUGAUUGCCAGCGCUACCCUGGACACAGAGCGCUUCUCCACUUUCUUUGAUGAUGCUCCCAUCUUCCGCAUUCCUGGGCGCAGGUUCCCUGUUGACAUCUUCUACACCAAGGCCCCGGAGGCUGACUACCUGGAGGCCUGCGUGGUGUCAGUGCUGCAGAUCCAUGUCACUCAGCCCCGAGGAGACAUCCUUGUCUUCCUCACUGGCCAGGAAGAAAUUGAGGCAUGCUGCGAGAUGCUGCAGGAUCGCUGCCGCCGGCUGGGAUCCAAAAUCGCAGAACUGUUGGUUCUCCCAAUCUAUGCCAACCUCCCCUCUGACAUGCAGGCCAAGAUCUUUGAGCCAACCCCACCAGGAGCCAGGAAGGUAGUCGUUGCUACAAACAUUGCAGAGACCUCUCUGACCAUAGACGGCAUCAUCUACGUGAUCGAUCCUGGUUUUUGCAAGCAGAAGAGUUACAACGCUCGCACAGGCAUGGAGUCACUCAUUGUCACUCCCUGCUCUCGGGCUUCUGCCAAUCAACGAGCGGGCAGGGCUGGCCGGGUGGCUGCGGGAAAGUGCUUCCGCCUCUACACAGCCUGGGCCUACAAGAACGAGAUGGAAGAAACCACAGUGCCAGAGAUUCAGAGGACCAACUUGGGCAAUGUGGUACUGCUUCUGAAAAGCUUGGGCAUUAAUGACUUGAUCCACUUUGACUUCAUGGACCCACCACCACAUGAGACUCUGGUCCUGGCACUGGAACAGCUCUAUGCCCUGGGGGCCCUCAACCAUCUUGGCGAACUGACCAAGCUGGGCCGGAAAAUGGCAGAGCUCCCUGUGGAUCCUAUGCUCUCCAAGAUGAUCCUGGCUUCUGAACAGUACAAGUGUUCAGAGCAGAUUCUCACCAUCGCCGCCAUGCUUUCAGUCAACAAUGCCAUUUUCUACCGGCCCAAGGACAAAGUGGUCCAUGCUGACAACGCCCGCAUGAAUUUCUUCCUGCCCGGUGGAGACCAUCUUGUUCUUCUCAAUGUUUACAGUCAGUGGGUGGAGUGUGGUUAUUCCAUGCAGUGGUGCUAUGAGAACUUCAUCCAGUUCCGCUCCAUGAGGCGAGCCAGGGACGUGCGAGAACAGCUGGAAGGACUGAUGGAACGCAUUGAAGUGGACAUCACUUCCAGUGAGGGAGACUACAUCCCAGUCCGUAAGGCCAUCACUGCUGGUUUCUUCUAUCACACGGCCCGUCUCACCCGCACCGGUUACAAGACAGUUAAGCACCAGCAGACAGUGUUUGUCCACCCAAACAGUUCUCUGUUUGAAGAACAGCCACGGUGGCUCAUCUAUCACGAACUGGUCUUCACAACUAAAGAAUUCAUGAGACAGGUCAUAGAGAUUGACAGCACGUGGUUGCUGGAGGUGGCCCCUCACUACUACAAGUCGAAGGAGCUGGAAGAUGCUUCUACCAAGAAGCUGCCCAAGAAAGUAGGGAAGACGCGAGAGGAGCUUAGAUAGGUCUGGAGCUGAUCUCUUACCUCCCAUCCACUCUGUUAUAUUUCCCCAGGACUUUUUUCAUACAUCUGUACAGUUUUGAUGUCUCUUCAGCCACCAAAUAAGACUUUUUUUUACAAACUCUUGGAUCAUUUCCUCUCUGUCUUGUCUUUUAGAGGAAUAGCAGUUGUCUUUUUUAAAAAAAAUAUGAAUGCGGCUACUUGCCUUUGACACUUUUAAGUUGUUAUAAUUUUUACUUACUUGUGACUGGCUGUAUUAAUAUUAUUAAAACUUAUGCUUGUCAUCAGAAACAAA